AUGAAGUCGACGGCGUCCUCGUCGGCCGCAGCUCUCGACCCUCCCGCCGCUCGGACCGCGUCAUCACACGCGCGAAAAAGCGUCUGGCGACUGAAACGUGACAGCUGCGCCACGCUUCGCGCCUUUGAGGCCCAGCGCAGCGCGCAGCUCGACAAGUUCCAGACGCGAGACCGCGCCUAUUGGCGUCAAUUCCAAGACGAAAUUCGCCACGGAGACGUGGAGAACACGCGGCUGAUGCGCUUCUUCACGCUGCGAUUGGAAGCGGAUUUGGUCUACGCAGAGGCGUUGAGGCAGACGCGCCAGGUGCUGGACGCUCCGACGACGCCGGGGCUGACGGACUCGGACGGCUCGUCGACUUCGGAGUUCCCGGUCGUGCAGUCGUCAGUGUCCAAAGCGCUAUGCGCAGUGGGGGAAGUCCAGCAACAAGUGGCCGAGAAGUUGGAGCAGUUCACGACCGUCGUGAAGCGCGAAGUGACGGUGAAGCUCGUGGAGGAGAUGGCCGCUACGUUCAAGGAACGGGUGGCGGCAAUGCUGAGUGAGGGCGAGAGACUGGAUGGGCUGCUGUACCAGUCGCAGAGGAACGUGCUGACGUCGUUUGGCAAGUACGAUGAGCUCUAUCGUGUGAUGGAAAAGGAGGAGGAGGCUCUGGCCGCUGCGGACGCAGUAGACCCAGCGCGACGACGGGAUCUGUGGCUGGCCGAAGUCAAUUACUCCAUUAACGUGCAGAAGCUGCAGCAUUGUCGUGUCGAGUACGUCACGGGAAUGGCGACGCUGUUCCAGCAGUACAAGACGAUUGAAGUAUGGCGAUCGUCAGUCAUUCAGACAGCGCUGGAUACGUAUACUCGCAAACAAAAGCUGACGUAUGGCGAGAUGGCAGGUGCGAUGGCUGGUCCGCUGGCUAGUGUGCAGCGUAUUGACCCUGAACGAGACCUACUGCAGAGUGUGCGAAGGAUACCGAAAAACUACACGGCAGCAGCGUUAUCGGCAGCGGACGACACAGACGCAAAGCUGUUUUCGACGCUGCGGUCGCCCAUUGCGAGUCCGUUGUUGGUGCGCUGUGGAUUCGUGAAGAACCAAGUGGGCGGCUCACUAUUUACAUCCUGGAAGGACGUGCUGUGUGCCAUUACACAAGACGGGUACCUGCAUCUGCUGGACCUGAAGGAGCACACGACCCGCUCUAUCCUGGUGUCGACGGAAGCGAUGCUGUCGGCUAUUGCAAUGAACGAUCAAAACGCGGACGUCAGCAGUCAAUCGGUCUGUCUGGCAAACUGCCGAGUCGAGAUUCUGGGAAAGAGCGCGACGCCGAGCUUCGAGAUCACGGAAGUGAGUCCGCCGUCCGGGUUACUGAGUAGUAUGUUACGAGUAGGUGUAUCACGCACGCUGACGUUUCAAUGUCCGAGCCAAGGCGACUUGAUCGAGUGGGUAGUCGCUGCGAAGCAGUUCAUCUCAGCUGGGUCGUCCAUGGUGAAUAGAUAG